AUGCAUUGGCUGUUGCUGUGUCUGUGGGCUGGAUUUGCUAUGAGCUUUAUUUCAGGUCAAAUGACAUAUACAAUGAGCAAUGGCAGCUCAUAUGGAUCAUUCCUGGCUUCUGGCAAGUCUUGUCUUUCUCCCUCCUGUGCGUCAUCUUUAAUAAGACUCAAGCAGUGGAAGUUGACCGUGAGUUUUAAUAGGGGAGGAGCCAUCAUGACUAAUCUUGAUUCAACUGGAGUUCCAAGUCCAAGCAGGCUUGGGGCACAUUGCCAAUUGCCCCACAUUGCCAGUUGGAGGUUGACAACUGAGUUACACUCGUAG